AUGUCGGAAAGAAAGGCUGUUAUUAAAAAUGCUGAUAUGUCUGAAGAAAUGCAGACUGAUGAUAUUGCUGCUUAUAUCAAGAAAGAAUGUGACAAAAAGUACAGUCCAACAUGGCAUUGCAUAGUUGGAAGGAAUUUUGGCAGCUAUGUGACACACGAGACCAAACAUUUUAUCUAUUUGUAUCUUGGACAAGUUGCAAUCCUGCUUUUUAAAUCUGGUUGA